UUGCAGAAACCAAUACACCAAUGUUAUUGUCCAAAGAAAACAGAACAUCCGAUGCAAAUGAAUUAGAAAACUGUCCGUCUGAAAUGCAUCCCAAAAAAAGUCGUACGUCACAUUUCGUUUCCGAUAAAUGCAUUCCCUCCGAAAUUCAACCUAAAGACAUCAAAUCGUCUGAGUUGAUCUCUUUAGAAAUGUAUUCACCUGUUGUUGAUAAAGCAAAGACUAUUGCUUCAACUAACACAGCAUCAGCAGGUUGCGGAACAGUUGAAACUGUUUUAGAAACUAAUAAGUCGAAAGAUUGUUAUUCAGUUGCAGGAAUAAGAAUGCGUACUUUUUCAUCUUUACAACGAAGAUUUAAGACAUCACAAACAUCGACUAAGUCUGAAUCCAGUACUGCCACAUCUAUACAAAAAGAUAAAAGUCAAAGUAAUAAAUCUGAAAGAGAAAAAGAAAAGUUAAUGCAAGAAGUAGCCGAUCGAUUGUCUCAUGGCCAACUUCAUGAAAUGGUAAUCAGCUCUAUAAGAGCAGGGAAGUAUAAGCAGAAUAUUAUCCCUAUUGAUAUCUGGGAUUUUGGAGGGCAGAAAGAUUACUACAUGACUCAUCAACUCUUCAUCACGAGCAGAGGAAUAUUUGUGUUGAUGUUUAAUGGUAGCCUGAAUCUGCAUACACAUAUGUCUGAUUUGUCAUUUUUACCAGGACAUUUCGGCAAACCAACCAUCGCAGUUUACCUUCUGCACUGGGUGAACUCAAUCCUGACAUAUUGCAAGCGCUCAGAUGAUGGAUUUCCAAGAAUAGUGUUCGUUGCAACACAUAAAGACAAGAUCCGUAAGAAUGUUGAUAAACACAGGCAGAAAUUGGAGACAGUCAUUCAAACCAUAUUUGAAUCACACGCAGGGAUCAAACAUCUUGAAUUCAAACCAUUGAUUUUCGUCAAUGCUAUGAACAAAGCGGACCCAGGGAUCCAAGCUUUACGUCAACGUCUGAUGGAUAGAGCUAAAGAGCAUCCUCAAUGGGGUAAAGAACUGCCAACAGCAUGGGUCCCAUUAGAACUAUGUCUAGCACAACAAGUAGAAACAGGUGUGAACAUAUUGACAAUGGAACAACUACAGAUGUUUAAUGCUAAAAAUGAGUCAAUGGUAUUGACAGAUAAGCAGUUGCAAGCGUUCCUGAAAGAACAACAUUCACUCGGUAAAUUGCUCUACUUUGACGUAGCCAAUCUUCGACAUUUUGUAAUCAUAACACCAGCAUAUUUGGUGGAGGUUCUAAGAUCAAUUGUCACAGAGAAGCAAUUUUGGCCAAAAGGGAAACAAUUACAAAGUAUUUUCCAUACCAUGGAGAAAACAGGAGCACUCAGUCGCGAAGAUAUUGAUGUCCUUUGGCACCAACAGAUGUUUACGCAUAUUCUGUCAAAUAAAGAUUUCAUAAUUGAAGUAUUGGUUCAUCUUGAUGUACUAGUUGCUGAAAGUAGGACAUCAAGCGAUUUAAGAAUUUCACUUGACGAAGUUUCAAAAUUUAUUGUCCCAUCAAUGAUUACAAGGUCAAACAACACGAAUUACAUGAGAAACAAAUGCAAGACUGAAACUUCAAUUUUGCUGUCGUACAAGUUCACAGAAAAAGUUAUACCUCCUGCCUUUCCAUACAGAUUUAUUGCUUCUUUUGUAGACACGUGGGGAGUGAAAAAUUAUAAAAACAAGAAGCGAAUGCUUUUCAGCGAUUUAGCAGUUGUUGAAGUAGACGACAAGCAUGAUGUGGCAGUGCAGGUUAUAGAAAAUAGAGUGGUUGUGUCACUUAUCCAUGCAGAAAUGAAAGAGAAUAUUGUCCCAACAAUUGCAACUUCGGUCCAAGAAUGUCUGACUGCAGCUAUUCACAGAAUUUCAGAGUUUUACUCAACUCUUUCAGCAGACUCAACUACCACAGAUAAAAGAUCGGAGUUACAAAUGGUCAUGCCAUUUGAGAUUGAGUUUGGAGUUCAUUGCAAAAAAAGAUUAUGUUUUUUUCUUCAUAACAAAAUACCAACAUCAGCAAAAUGGCAAUGUCCAGAACACAAAGUUCAUCACGAUAUCAGCUGUUUAAAACUAUGGUUUUCAGAAAAGCUGCCUCGUGAAAAAUGUGAUGCAUCUUGCAAGGGGUUAGGAAGAGUUGAAAAGGAACAAUCUCCAUCGGAAAAAGCCCUAAGAAGACUUGCUUCUUGUCUUGAAGUAAAUGAAUGUCGAGAAUUGUUAAUCAGACUUAGAUUAGACACAAAAGUUUUGAAUGAUUUACAAGACAAACUUGCUCACUCGGCUUUUCAUGUAAAUGAUUUCAAAUACACAGCCAUGUCAAUAUGGAAGACAAGCGUGACUGAUUCGUCCUUCAAGACCAUUGAAGAUAAGUUUGGUGAAAUAGACAAACACUUACUUUGUGAGGUGAAUAGAGAUGUAAAUGUGGAUGAUGUACUGAAGAAAUUUAAUAUUCUAGAAGAUCGAGCGAACACAACACCUACGAACGCUACAUUACAAGAAUUGUCAAAUCAUAUCGGAAAUAGCAGCAUGCAGCUAGGAGUAGAACUAGGAUUGCGGAGCGCUGAGAUUCAAGAAAUUCAAAACGAUCACAGUUGUAAACUGUUACAUCAGAAUAAAGAAAUAUUACGAAUUUGGAGCCAAUCAAAAUUUCCUAAGCCAACGAUUAAAGAACUGAUUAAAGCUUUACAACGAAUUGGAAAAAUCGAUUGCCUUCGGGAAAUCUUGUUUUAAACAGUUCAAGGUGAUAAUAAAAACAAUAGAAACAACUUUUGUAAAUGUAGAUUUUAUUAGGAUACAUGUUUUUUCUUCUAAAUUAAACUUUGUAAAA